GGUGGGUACUGAGUUUUGUGCCCUCUCUUGCGUCUGCCGCUGCUUGGACCUGCUUAUAGUACCAGCCUCAGCUUUCCCGCCUGCUUGCUGCCCAAAUCAGUGAACAAACUGCACCAGACCUCCUUGAACGACGCCUCAAACACAAAACAGCCAAUCAGAGUCCAGGAUUUUUUUUUAUUGUUUUGCUUUUGGAUUCCAUCACUGCAGUUCACUUCAACAUUUUUCUUUUUUUUUUUGUUCUUCUCGCUUUGGCCUGGUGUGCAAACCGUGGAGCUUCAUGAUCUAAGGCAGAGAGAGGAACGUUGGUAAAAAGUGACAAACAUAAAGCACUUUUGGGAUUGUAAGGAUUCGAAGUCUAAAGCGUGCGGAGAUGGCGAUGAAUAUGGCUCACAUGCGGGACACCAAAUGGCUGACGCUGGAGGUGUGUCGAGAGUUUCAGAGGGGAACGUGCGCUAGAUCUGAUGCCGAGUGCAAGUUUGCGCAUCCCGCCAAGAGCUGCCAGGUGGAGAACGGCCGGGUCAUCGCCUGCUUUGACUCGCUGAAGGGCCGCUGCUCCAGAGAGAACUGCAAGUACCUUCAUCCUCCUCCACACCUGAAGACGCAGCUGGAGAUCAACGGCCGAAACAACCUGAUCCAGCAGAAGAACAUGGCCAUGCUCGCACAGCAGAUGCAGAUCGCCAACGCCAUCAUGCCCGGCAGUCAGCUUCAGCCCAUGCCUAUGUUUUCGGUCUCGCCAAGCCUUGCAAGCAACGCCAGUGCAGCUGCGGCAGCGGCGGCUGCGGCUGCGUUUAAUCCGUACCUGGGUCCGGUGUCUCCUGGCCUGAUGUCCGCAGAGAUCCUGCCCAGUGCACCGGUGCUGAUGGCGGGCAGCCCUGGGGUGGCGUCUGUGCCGUCCGCUGCCAACGCCGCUGCUGCUGCCGCUUCAGCCGCCGCCGCACAGAAACUGCUCAGAACAGACCGACUGGAGGUGUGUCGUGAAUACCAGCGUGGCAACUGCUCUCGUGGGGAGACGGACUGCAGGUUUGCCCACCCUGCCGACAGCACAAUGAUCGACCCCAGCGACAACACAGUGACGGUGUGUAUGGAUUACAUAAAGGGCCGCUGCUCCAGAGACAAGUGCAAAUACUUCCACCCUCCUGCUCACCUGCAGGCCAAAAUAAAAGCCACCCAACACCAGGUCAAUCAGGCCUCGGCCGCCGCUGCCAUGACUCAGUCGGCUGUCAAAUCACUGAAGCGACCCCUCGAAGCCACCUUUGACCUGGGAAUUCCUCACAGUGUCAUGCCACCUUUACCAAAGCGACCCGCGCUUGAGAAAGCCAACGGUGCCACGAGCAUGUUCAGCGCUGGCAUGCUCCAGUACCAGCAGGCUUUGGCCAACAUGCAGUUUCAGCAGCAGGCAGCCUUUAUUCCUUCAGUUCCCAUGAUGCACGGCGCUUCCCCGGCCGCUGUGUCUGCAGCAACCACAUCUGCCACAAGUGUUCCCUUCGCAUCUGCAUCAGCCAAUCAGGACUCUUCUCUAUCAAAGCUGACUACCAACGAAUACAUGCAAUUGAUUCCAAUAAUAUCUGCGGAGCAUCUGACUAGUCACAAGUACUUGACGCAGAUGUAAUUCCAGUCCACAACAAUCAAAAAGAAUGUGCUGUUGUCCCGGACAAAAGGCGAACCAACAAAUUUCCAAAUUUUAACAUCAAGACCUGCGCUGGCUAGAACACACAACGAAGAUUAGAAUUUGGCGAUAGUAGGCUUUAACCGAGGUGAAUCUGAGCAUCCUUCUGCAUGAUGUGUAGAAUUCGAUUGAACUACACUGUCAUGUCAGACAGGACUGAUUUUUUAACUCCCAAGCCAGUAGGAUCAGUAGGAAAAAAAGUUGUUUUCAUGUCUGACCGAACACCGUUUUGGCAUGUUAGUAGAC